AUGGUCAUGAUUCAGGACGAGGAGUCUGUGACGGUGUCAUGCUCCGACCACCCACCACAAGCCUGGUACUCGGAGCCAUGCAUGCUAGGGAUAGACGAGGCCGGUAGGGGCCCGGUGCUCGGCCCAAUGGUGUACGCUGCCGCCUUCUGUCCCUGCUCCACGGACCUCACCUCAAAGGCCUUUGCCGACAGCAAGACCCUGACCGAGGCUCGGCGGGAGGCACUCCUGGCCCAGCUCCAGGCGGACCCGGGGAUCGGGUUCCGCGCCGAGUCCCUCAGCGCGGCGUUCAUCUCCGGGCGCAUGCUGGCGCGGGACCGGCACAGCCUGAACGAGCUGGCCAACGACAGCACCGCCCGCCUCAUAGCCGGCGUGGUGGCGGCCGGUGUCAACCUGACGCACGCCUACAUCGACACCGUGGGAGAUGCAGACAAGCACAGGUCCCGGCUGCUGGCCCAGUUCCCCGCCAUACACUUCACUGUGUGCCCCAAGGCGGACUCGCUCUACCCCAUCGUGUCCGCCGCGAGCAUCGUGGCCAAGGUGACCAGGGACCGCCAGCUCAGCGCAUACACCUGCCCGGAGGGCCCCUCCAGCAGGGACCGGGAGUACGGCUGUGGGGCCUUUGCCGACAGCAAGACCCUGACCGAGGCUCGGCGGGAGGCACUCCUGGCCCAGCUCCAGGCGGACCCGGGGAUCGGGUUCCGCGCCGAGUCCCUCAGCGCGGCGUUCAUCUCCGGGCGCAUGCUGGCGCGGGACCGGCACAGCCUGAACGAGCUGGCCAACGACAGCACCGCCCGCCUCAUAGCCGGCGUGGUGGCGGCCGGUGUCAACCUGACGCACGCCUACAUCGACACCGUGGGAGAUGCAGACAAGCACAGGUCCCGGCUGCUGGCCCAGUUCCCCGCCAUACACUUCACUGUGUGCCCCAAGGCGGACUCGCUCUACCCCAUCGUGUCCGCCGCGAGCAUCGUGGCCAAGGUGACCAGGGACCGCCAGCUCAGCGCAUACACCUGCCCGGAGGGCCCCUCCAGCAGGGACCGGGAGUACGGCUGUGGGUACCCCGGUGAGCUGGGCCGACCCUGUACGCCCCUGCUGGAGGCCGCGGCGGCGGUGCCCGUGGCCUGGGAGUGCGAGGCGGACGACGGCGCCGAGGGCCAGCAGACGCUGGGCUGGCGGGCAGGCGCCAAACGCAAGGCCGCGGGCCCACGCCACGCCUUCUUCCACAUGCGCAGGCUGGCGCUGGUGGGCGGCGGGACGUUUGUGCGGGGCGCGAGCCUGCACGCCUGA